AUGGCGACGGGGACGAGUGAGAACGAUGGAGGAGUCGGUGGGAGUGGAUUGGUCGGGAGGGGUCGUUCAUCCUACUACCACCACCAUUGUCUCGAAGUGGACGAGCCGUCUUCACCGCCGCCGCUCCCCGCGCUGCCUCCACAUCCUGCCCGAGCCGCCGCUGCCUCCUUCUUCUCCGGCGUAGAGACACUCCCGGACGAGCGCCGCCGCCGCUUCCUCGCCAGCCGGACAUCGUCACGCCGCCUCCUAGUCAUCCCCGAGCCGUACGUCGUCGUCGCGCCGCCGUGCCGCCUUCGAGCUUCUUCGGCGCUGCCUCCUCGCCCUCAUCGCCCCCGCGGCCACCUCCUCGCCCUCGUCAGAGCGCCCCCGCGGCCGCCUCCUCGCCCUCGUCAGAGCGCCCCCGGCCGUCUCCUCCCCGGCCAGAGAACGCCCGCGCCGCCGUCGUCGAGGAUCGGAGAUGUGGAUCGCGCGGCGUCGGAUGUCAACCCCGACCACGCCGCUGGACAAAGGGUGGCCGAGCCUGCUUGCGCUGCUGAAGAUGCGGCGCCGCAGACCACAGAUCAGCCUGCGGCGGCAGUUGCUGCUACAGGCAUCGAGGGAGAGUCUGCCCCGGCGAGUGCCGCGGCGAGCACUCCGCCGAGGGAUGGGGAGGCAGGAAGGGCCGCUCCCCCGAGUAGCAUCGCGGAAGGGGAAGAUAGAGCACCAACCCCUCCCCCUACCGAAGAGAGGAGGGUCCCAACGCCACCCCGGGCAGGGGCCUCUUCGUCCGCAGGCGCCCCGGGCCUGGCCCAGGGGCCGGUGAUGCCUUCGACCACGACUGGCGGCGGUGCAGCGGACGAGGAAGCCCAGGCAUCCUCCGACGACGAGGUGGAGGAAAUUGAAUGUCGCCCCGUGAUGGCCGCCAGCACGUGUCUCUUCCAUUCAACAUGGAGGAAUGCAGCAAAUACUACUUUUAAAUCCCACUCAUACUCAGCAAUUGUUCAAGAACGCGAGUCCUCACCAAAGUUCUCAACAACGAAAUGA